GUCUAGCUUGUUUUGUCGUUCCCUCUCUCCAUAAUUCUCUUGCUUUUCAGUGUUCUUUACUUGCUGUGCGCGUGCACGUGCGCAUUGCUUAUUGUAUUCGGCCAAUUGACAAUGGGCAUUUUGCGACUUUAUGAUGAAGCAGUAUUUGAUGCUGCUGAUAAGCAGCGCAUACUGCAGCGCCUGCAGAGCGUCGAUAAGGACUUGGUGUCGGUGCGAAUGGAGCGUUGCUAUCACUUAGAGUAUGAUAAGGCGUUGUGCCCCUAUCCUUUGGCAUUGGAACAAUUGAUGCAAUGGCUGGUUAGGCAGCCGCUGCAAAAGAUCAGCAGUCUCGAAGAGAAGACAAAACUUCAGCUGGAAAAUAGUAAAUUCGAAAUGCUGGUGGAGAUUGGGCCACGCUUCAAUUUCUCCACACCCUACUCAACCAACUGUGUGAACAUAUUUCAUAAUCUCGGCUACACAGAGGUGCGUCGCAUGGAAAACUCGACGCGUUAUCUGUUGCGCUUUGCCACAGACGCAACCAGAGAGGUUUCUAACUAUGUGGCUCUCCUUGGGGACCGGAUGACCCAUUGCCAAUAUACUGCAGCGAAUACGCCGCGCGAAAGCUUCGACGAACAGCUGCCGGCAAAGCAGGCCGCCUGGCAUUAUGUGCCAAUGCUUGCCGAAGGACGUGCUGCACUGGAGCGCAUUAAUCAAGAGUUGGGCUUGGCAUUUACCGAUUAUGACUUGGACUACUAUUACGAUUUGUUCUGCAAGAUACUGAAGCGAGAUCCCACCACAGUGGAGCUUUUCGAUUGCGCCCAGAGCAAUAGCGAGCACUCCAGGCAUUGGUUCUUUCGCGGACGCAUGGUGCUCGAGGGCCAGGAGCUGCCCAGCUCUCUAAUCAAACUCAUCAUGGACACUCAGAAGAAUACGAAUCCGAAUAAUACAAUUAAAUUCAGUGACAAUAGUAGCGCCAUUGUGGGAUUCGAGCAUGAUGCACUGCAGCCGCGACUCGUUAGUGAGCCUGGAAUUGUGGAAUUAAAGCGCGUUGAGUCGGAUUUGAUAUUCACCGCCGAGACGCAUAAUAUGCCCACAGCUGUAGCACCGUUCAGUGGCGCCACCACAGGUACCGGUGGCCGUCUGCGUGAUGUCCAGGGCGUGGGUCGUGGUGGCUUGCCCAUUGCUGGCACUGCCGGCUACUGUGUGGGCGCCCUGAAUAUACCCGGUUACAGUCAGCCCUAUGAGCCGGUUGGCCUGAAGUAUCCGGGUUCCUUUGCUCCGCCUCUGCAGGUGCUCAUCGAGGCGAGCGACGGCGCAUCGGAUUAUGGCAACAAGUUUGGAGAGCCGCUGAUCAAUGGUUUUACAAUCUCCUAUGGCUUGUUUAAUGCAGCGGAGCCCAGUAUUCGGGAGGAGUAUGUGAAGCCCAUUAUGUUCAGUGGAGGAUUGGGCACGAUGCCCGCCUCAAUGCGUAAAAAAAUAACGCCCGAACGUGGCCAUCUGCUGGCCAAGAUCGGCGGGCCAGUCUAUCGCAUUGGAGUGGGCGGUGGCGCUGCCAGCUCCGUUGAGGUUCAAGGCUCUGGAGAUGCCGAACUGGAUUUCAAUGCUGUGCAACGUGGCGAUCCGGAAAUGGAGAAUAAAUUGAAUCGUGUUGUGCGCGCCUGCAUUGAGCUAGGCCCACGGAAUCCCAUCUUGGCCAUCCACGAUCAAGGCGCUGGCGGCAAUGGAAAUGUGUUGAAGGAGCUGGUAGAGCCAGGAUUUGCUGGUGCUAUCAUCUUCUCGAAGGAAUUCAAACUGGGUGACCCAACCAUAACGGCUCUGGAGCUGUGGGGCGCUGAAUAUCAAGAGAACGAUGCCAUACUCUGCAACCCAGACGAUCGCAAGUUGUUGGAGACGAUCUGUGCACGUGAACGUUGCCCCAUCAGCUUCGUGGGCGUUGUCACUGGCGAUGGUCGCGUCACCUUGGUGGAGCAAGCGGCGCCAAAGGAUAUGCAGGAGGUUCUGCUGCCGGAGGUGCGCGAAAGCUUUGGAAAAUCACCAUUUGAUUUGGAAUUGUCGAGCGUAUUGGGUGAAUUGCCUAAGCGCACCUAUGAGCUGGAAGCCAUACCCAUUCCCAGCAAGGAAUUGCAACUGCCAGCAGCGCUGGAGUUGUCAGACGCCUUGGAGCGGGUGUUAAGCAUCGUGGCGGUGGGCAGCAAACGUUUCCUCACCAACAAGGUGGAUCGCUGUGUGGGCGGGCUCAUUGUGCAGCAGCAGUGCGUGGGUCCAUUGCAGGCACCACUCUCGGACUAUGCCCUGACAACUGUAUCGCAUUUUAGCCACUCGGGCAUAGCCACCUCCAUAGGCACACAGCCCAUUAUGGGUCUGCUCAGUCCCGUUGCCAUGGCUCACAUGUGCGUGGCCGAGGCGCUCAGCAAUCUGGUCUUUGUGAAGAUUAGCGACCUGGCAGACAUCAAGUGCUCGGGCAAUUGGAUGUGGGCAGCCAAAUUGCCCGGCGAAGGCUAUAAGAUGUACGAAGCUUGUCUGGCGCUCAGCACUUUGCUGCAGGAGCUGCGCGUUGGUAUCGAUGGCGGCAAGGAUUCCCUUUCGAUGGCUGCUAAAGUAGAUGGCGAGGUAAUCAAAUCACCUGGCACACUUGUGCUCUCCACUUAUGCCCCCUGUCCGGAUGUGCGCGUGCGCAUAACACCCGAUCUCAAGGGUCCGGCAAGGGGCAAAUCGAGCGCUUUGCUCUGGAUCAACAUAGAGCAAUGUGCUCGACUGGGUGGCUCAGCAUUGGCCCAAGCCUAUGCCCAGCAGGGCAAAACGACGCCCAAUAUGGAGCGUACAAAAGCGUUGAGCGAUGCUUUCCAGAUCACGCAAAGCCUGUUGGGAGAAGGUGCUCUGCUGGCUGGUCACGAUGUUAGCGAUGGCGGCCUCAUUGUUUGCCUGCUGGAGAUGGCCAUUGGUGGUCUGAGUGGUCUGGAGGUGGACAUUAAGGAGGCCGUUGCUGGCAUCUCUGAAUACGAUGCAGUGAGUGACAUAAUUGGCUUUGAUAUGUGUCUCCUGUUCAGCGAGGAAUGCGGCUGGGUUUUGGAGGUAGAUGAAACCGAAUUGAAGGCAGUGCGCUCACGCUUCCAGGCUGCAGGUGUGCCCAAUUACUACUUGGGUCGAGCGACUGGCUUUAAUUUGGAUGUGGCUCAGGUGCUCAUUAAGAACGGGGACAAAACUCUGCUGGCCAAGCCACUGCUUCAGCUUUAUAAGCAAUGGGAACGUACCAGCUAUGAACUGGAGAAGCUGCAGGCAAAUGUGGAGUGUGUAAAAUCGGAAUACGAAAGCCUCAGUUACCGACGGGCUCCAGAAUAUAAGGCACCUGCUCAAUUGCAAGCGGAGCUCGUGUUGAAGCGAUGCACUCAGCCCAUACGCGUGGCUGUGCUGCGCGAGGAGGGCGUCAAUAGCGAAAGGGAAAUGAUGGCCAGUCUGCUGCGCGCCAAUUUCGAGGUGCAUGAUGUCACCAUGUCGGAUCUGCUAUCAUGCAAGACGACUCUGUCGAAAUAUCGUGGAAUCGUCUUUCCCGGUGGCUUUAGCUACGCGGACACCUUGGGCUCUGCCAAGGGCUGGGCAGCUAAUAUAUUGCAUAGUGGUCUGCUGCAGCCCCAAUUUGAUGCAUUCAAGAAACGUGAGGAUGUCUUCUCGCUGGGCAUCUGCAAUGGCUGUCAGCUGAUGACAUUGAUUGAUUUUGUGGGCAGCAUCAAAGCUGAGGAUGAAUCUCCGGUGUUGCCUCAGCUGGCGCUGCUGCAGAAUCGUUCGCAGCGCUUCGAGUGCCGUUGGUCCACGGUUCGCAUACCGCCGAAUCGUUCGAUAAUGCUGAGCAAUAUGGAGGAUUUGGUGUUGGGCUGCUGGGUGGCCCAUGGCGAGGGACGCUUUGCAUUCCAAGAUGAACAGCUGCUCGAGCAGUUGCAGAGCGAAAAGUUGGUAACGCUGCAAUACGUGGAUGAUACGGGUGUGCCCACCGAACUGUAUCCCAUGAAUCCCAAUGGCAGUCCGAAGGGAAUUGCUGGCCUCUGUUCGCCCGAUGGCCGUCAUUUGGCAUUGAUGCCGCAUCCGGAGAGAUGCAGUGCCAUGUAUCAAUGGCCAUAUGUGCCGCCCGGCUUCGAGGUACCCGCCACACAGGUCGAGAGUCCCUGGCAACUCAUGUUUAACAAUGCCUACAAAUGGUGCACUGCAUCGCAGGAUGACUCCGCCUAAAGUAAUUGGCAAAACGUAUGAUACAGGACAUAAACAUUUUCAAAACAAAUCAUCUACUACAUUUAUUGGGAUUUGACAUUCCAACAAUGCGAUUAACUAUAACUAUAUUUCUAUAUCCCAAAUGAGAUUUAUAUAUAAUCAAAUUAUAUAUCAAUUAAGACAGGAUUACUGUUCAGUUGCCCAAAGACUGUCUUAAUUGACCCUUUCAUGCCUUUUCAUACUAUUAUAUAUUCCAUGCUAUUAUUCUUACAUUUAAAAACUCAUUUGAAUCUAGAUUCAAGCAGCUUUUCUUUUUGCAAUCAUAUAUUAAUUCCUAAUUUAAAAUUUUUGAUAUUCAAUUAGUAUAUUGCCUAUAUUAAUUAAAUAUUAAUUAUUGACUACUUAUUUUAUGCAGUUUUUCCCAGAUACUCUAUAUUCAUUCAAUAAAAUAUUAAAAUUCCAUCUCAUUUCAAGCAUAA